GGGUUCAAAACGGACAUGGCCCAGGUCACGUCAGGACAAGAUGGGGAAGUCGAAGUUGAGAAUCAGACGCCACUCUCGCCGUGGUGCAUACGCAACAGAGGAGAAUUCCCCCUACGUAUGCAGCCGGCUCCACCUUUAAAUCUUCAAAGCACCACCACCACCAUUACUCUCUGAAGUCUCUCUCUCAAUCGCUCUUUCAAUACGGUCCCCUGCGAUUGCCUUCACCUCCGCAGCCUUCCGCCGCCAGUCGUCUUACUCAUCCAUUUCCAAUAAUGUCGUCCUGCUCUUCUCAACCUCAGACUCACGUUGUUCAAACAGUUUCUAUUUCAUACACGCAACUCAAGGAUAAAGGUGCUGAUUUGUCCGCAAAGAUUGAGGAAGGCUUUGGGCCAAAUGGUUUGGGAAUUCUUUCUAUAGCAGAUGUUCCUGGGUAUUCAUCAUUGCGUCAAAGCCUUCUCCAUCUUUCACCUCGAUUAGCAGGCCUUUCAGAUGAUCAGAAGAGGGACCUCGAAGACCCUGAUAGUAGAUACAACUUCGGAUGGAGUCAUGGAAAAGAGAAGCUUGAAUCCGGAAAGCCAGAUACACUGAAAGGGUCAUUUUAUGCAAAUCCAGUACUAGAUAAACCUACCAGUGAUCCAGCCCUUAUUCAACGGUACCCUUCAUACUGUGGAGCAAAUAUUUGGCCUCGUAGUGCUCUCCCAGAACUCGAACCAGCUUUUAAAGCUCUCGGGAAGCUGAUUCUGGAAGUUGGGAUGUUGUUGGCAUAUCACUGUGACCUCUAUGCAUUUCAAGGGAUGAAAAUGCUUGAGGAUGAUGGCCUUGAACAGAUACUUCGUCGCUCAAGAUGUCAUAAAGGUCGUCUGUUGUACUAUUUUCCUGCGAAACACAGUAGUUGCAGUCAGGAUGGUGAGUCGAUGUCAUCUUGGUGUGGAUGGCACACUGAUCAUGGUUCUCUCACGGGUCUCACGCGUGCCAUGUUUAAGAAGGAUGCUGUAGAAAUAUCUUGCCCUGAUAAUGCUGCUGGGCUUUAUGUAAAAUCACGUAGUGGCGAAUUAGUCAAAGUGGUGUAUGGUGAAGAUGAAAUUGCAUAUCAAAUAGGUGAGACAACUGAGAUAUUGUCCAGAGGUCGGCUCUGUGCAACACCACAUUGUGUUCGGGCACCCUUGGGGGAAGCAGCAUUUGGCGUUGAUCGUUCGACAUUUGCAUUAUUCAUGCAGCCUGACUGGGACGAAAAGCUCAAGUUUCCGGAGGUGGUGCAUAUUCAUCAAGAGUUAAUUCCAUCUCGUGGAUCUCUUACUUUUGGCGAGUAUACGGAGAAGCUGCUCGACAAGUAUUACCACCUGAAGAUGUAGAUACGAUAUUUUACUUUUUAUGGUGUGUAUGAUCCCUAUAAAGUUCGAGUCUUGUAAAACUUUUGUCUUUCGCAUGAACUGUCCCAAACUGUGUGUAAAUUAAUCUGUGCAUUGUAUAAAUGGUUCCCUAAUCUGUUAUUCGUAUACCUCCACCGAAAAGUCAACAGGCGUGCCAAGCUUGUUGAAGCUCGCAAAGCAAAAAGAUAUCUUGAACGGGUAAAAAGAUAGAUCCUAAUCAAAAGAGAUAUCUUGGUAAUCAUAGGGAUUUGAUUUUGGAAUGAUUGUUUCGAUUUUGUAAAACUGAAAAAGCUACGAGAUUAAUAGUAA